AUGGCGGCAGACCCGCAGCCUCCUGCAUCAGCUGCGGCCACCACAGUGAUGACCCAGCCCAACAUCUAUGCCGAGUUUCUACCACGCCUGGGUCGGAUUUCUGUGGUCAUACACCUCCCUACCCCUUCAACCCACAAGACCAAGGUUCUCGUCGCGAGGGAUGCGUUACAUCUGAUCGUCGACCACGACGGCAGCAGCACCAAGCUGCGCCUGCCGGUCAAGAACCGCAUCGCCGGCGAGCAUCUCCCAGGAGAGGUCAAGCCAGGCCUCGAUAAGAUGAGCUGGCGCUUGCUUCCCACUCCAGAGGAGGCUCAGGCCGCACAGCUUAUCGCCGCGGACGGCGUGCCCUGGUCUGCAGCGGAUCUUAAGCCGGGACUGCGUAUUGCUUGUCGAGGAUGCAAUGAGCCCAUCAUCCCAGAGGAGACAAUCAAGUCGUUCAAGGACUUGCCCAGUGAAAAUUGGGCCGAGAUGAUGGAGUUUUGGCACUGCCACAAACCUGCUGGUGGCCAGGCGAAUGAUGCUGCUGCCGGUGCUCAAGAGAAGGCUUCUGAGGAUGACCUGGCUUCUCGUGGUUACGGUGCCAAUUCCAUCAUUUCUGCGAAGAAUGGGGUCGGAUUUGUUGAUCUAAUGACCAUUCUUUUCUCUCAGGACGACUGCAACUGUCUGUUGAUCCCUCGUUACGACGCCGCACACGACAGCAUCGUAUCCCAGGACUACAGCGGUUUCCGUACUCUCGAUGCACACUGCCACAAGUGCAAGACUCAGCUCGGGCGGGUUGACAACCGCAAGAAUGGCCUCGCGCUCUUCAAGUGGAAGCUCAACCUCGUCGACCAAGCUGAAGCCGGCAAGAGCAAGCCCUCCUCUGCCCCACCAUCUCUGUCUCAUUGUCUCGCUGCGGCCCUCGUCGCGACCCAGGCUCGCUCUGGCAGUGCAAAGGUUGUCUUGCAGGGAGAGAAGGAGGCCGUCACUGUCUGGAUUCUGAACCCUCAUGUCAAGUUCUCGUGCUCCGCCAAGCAGGGUGUGUAUGCCAUGAAGCUCCUGUUUCAGCACAAGGCGAUGGACGAGGAGGAAAUUCUACUGCCUGACCAGGUAGUCCAAGAGGCCAAAAAGAUCCUGGAGCAAGGAAAUGAGUAUCUGCCUCUCGAUGAGAAGCAGAGACAAUUCAAUCCUGUUGAUGGACCAUGGAUGGUUUCUCUUCUCGAGCAAUAA